AUGAAUUUUCCACCAAAAGUUCGCAUCUUUGCUUGGAAAGUUUUCCACAACAUCCUCCUGGUAGCAGCUGCCCUUUUCAAGAAAAAAAUUAUAGAUUCUACAGCAUGUUCACUUUGCACUUCUAAUUGGGAAUCUAUAGGACAUGCUCUUUUUGGUUGUAAGCAUGCUAAAGGGAUUUGGACAGAUUCAAAAUUUUCUCUGGAUUAUCACAAAGCUCAGUCAAUGUUCAAUAGAGAUUACUUGCUGCAUCUAUCUUCAAUGUACAAUCAGGAGGAAUUUGAAUUUCUCAUCUGUAUUAUGUGGGGAAUUUGGUCUGACCGUAAUAAAAUUUUUCAUGGUGGACAACCAAGGCCACGGUCAUCUGUUGUGGUUUAUGUAACCAACUUCCAUCAGGAUUUCAUUCGUGCCAAGUUAACCAAAGUUCCACCUGCUGUUACUGAGCAGUCUCAAACACACACAGUCACCAAUAAUACUCUGCAGAAAGGAGUUCCAUGGUCACCACCAGCAAUCAAUGGGUUUAAAUUGAAUGUGGAUGCUGGGACGAAUCUGGAGCAGAAAAAACUGGGUGUUGGGGCUAUUAUCAGGGACCAUGAAGGUAAAGUUGUUGCAGCCCUUUCAAAGAUUGUGCAGGGAAGCUUUCGGUCAGAUGAAAUGGAAGCAAAAUCCCUCUUCCAUGCUCUCAAUUGGGCAUCACAAUUACAAUUUCCUGUCACGCAUAUAGAAACUGAUGCAUUGCGAGUUUCAUCAGCACUUCUUUCGAAUGCUACUGAUUUAUCUAGUUUCUCGGAUCUUAUAUUUGAUGUUCGUUGUCUUAUAUCCUCUUUUCUUGGUGUUUUGAUAUCCCAUGUUAAAAGAACUGCUAACCAGGCAGCUCAUGGGUUAGCCAAAUUUGCUUUAGGAUUGGAUGAAGACAUGUGUUGGGUAGGAGAAAUUCCCUAUCCUAUUUUCUAG